AUGCUCCAUCGCCUCCACGCCGACUUCUACGUGCCUGGCGAUCAUACCUUGUUCCAGGACUGGGUACGUGCCUACAGCACGUGCCAGCGCAACAAGACGGAGACACUGCAGCCCGCCAGGUUGUUGCAGCCCCUUGACGUUCCGUCUCAAGUGUGGGUGGAUAUUUCUAUGGACUUCAUCGAGGGCUUGCCCAAGGUCGGCGGCAAGUCGGUCAUCCUCACGGUGGUCGAUUGCUUCUCCAAGUAUGUGCAUUUUAUUGCGCUCGGCCACCCUUACACCGCGGCCUCCGUCGCUCGCGCUUUCUUCGACGGCAUUGUCCGGUUGCAUGGGUUCCCGUCCUCCAUUGUGAGCGAUAGGGACCCUGUGUUCACCGAGCACGUUUGGCACGACCUGUUCAAGAUGGCUCAGCAGCUGUCCAAGUGUUAUUACGACGCCUCACACUGGGACGUGGAGUUUGCGGUUGGUGACUGGGUCUGGUUCCGCCUGCUCAACAGGACGACCAAGUCCCUUGAACCGCACACUAAAGGGAAGCUCGGUCCCCGCUAUGCAGGACCGUUCCGUGUUCUGGAACGCAUCAGCCAAGUUGUCUAUCUGCUCAAGCUUCCAGAGGGUGCCCAUGGCCGUCGACUACCUAAACCUGAACAGGCGCUGCAGGCGAAACAGCGGUGCGGCGCAUCGCACGUCCUCGUCAAGUGGCGUGGCUUGCCAGAGGCUGAUGUGACUUGGGAACUCCUCGACGUUCUGCGCGACUCCUACCCCGACUUUCAGCUCGAGGACGAGCUGUUUGCGCAGGCGGGGAGGGAUGCUAUGACCGGCGUGCAAUAUCAGAGGUGCCGGCCUAUUAGUGGCUAG